AUGGACGACCCCUUUGACGACGUCCUCAACCUCGAGGAGCAGUUCUUCGCCGAGGGCUUCCGCCAGGGCACCGCGGACGGCAUCCUCGCCGGCAAGAUCGAGGGCCGCUCCGUCGGCCUCGCAAAGGGCUACGAAAAGUUCCUCGAGAGCGGCAGCAUACACGGCCGCUCCGUCGUCUGGGCCAACAGGCUGUCGCUCCCGCAAAAGACGGCCGCCGGCGCCAGGGCUUCAUCGUCGGAGGAACAGAAGGAAUCAAAGACGUGCUCUCUGCCGCCGCUGGUGCCAAACGCCCGGCUCGAGAAGAACGUCACCGCGGCGUUCGCGCUCGUCGAGCCCGAGACCCUGUCCAAGGAGAAUAACGACGACGCCGUCAACGACUUUGACGACCGGUUCAAGAGGGCGCAGGGGAAGGUCAAGAUCAUUGAGCGGAUGACGGGCGAGGGGGCCGCGGCCAAGGAGGCUGCUGUUGAGGCCCCCAAGGUUGCAGAGUCAAAUGAGGCUUGA